UCUGAUUAGAUUUGUAGUUUAGAAAGAUCAGACUGUCACCGUCACCUGAUGGAAUUAUUACACGAAGAAGACUAUGCAUGUGCUGGUACCAAGGGCCUGGUACAGACAGCAGAGCUCUGUCUGGGUCGAUAAACAGGCAGUUCAAGAAAAGGCUUCAUUAACCUUAUUUUUCUCGUGUGGCUGAAACAUCUCAACCACAAUGUCCUGCUGGAGGUGGCGCACGGGAGCUCUUUAACAACUUCACGCAUCUGCCAUCUUUUUAUCUUGUGUCUGCCGAUUCCAAGAGCACGGGCCCACUUCUAGAACUGUAUUCAUUUGAUCCAGUGAGAAAUGCAAUGAUCAGAACGUCAGUAUAUUUAGCUUCCUCGGUAGCUGAGAAAUAACCUAUACCAGUGGCUCCCCUCCCCACCCCGCCCCGCACCCCCAGAUAGUUUCCUGUUAUUCGCAUUUUUCCAUGUACCUCGUUUUUCCUGGAAGUACCUCUAGAUCAGGAGUAUUGGGUUAGAAGAAAUGUUGUCCAUGGUGACAAUAGCCCUUUGAGCAACUUGUAGCAUUCGCAGCCCCGAAUAUUGAAACUUGAAUUUUUUCAAAGGUGGGCGUGGCCUCGGCAAGGCGGGGGUGGCACGUGCGCUUCUCCGCUGAAAUCCACGCUCUGAGAUCCAUAGGGAUGUAGUCUCCUUACUGUGCUUCGUUCCUCGUACCCUUCAAGUCUUUCUGGGAAACAAUUUCCCAUCAUCUCUUGGGGCAUGUUUAAUGAAAGUGGUCAGACCUUCAGGCAGUCGAGAGGAAAAUAUAAUAACGUCUUUGGUUUCUGUGCCGUCAAGGAGCUCAACACGUUCUGAAGAGAUUAUAUACAUUGGAUGCUUGGAUUCAAAACCCUUUGAAAUUCACUGACAGACUCAGUCUUGCUGUGCUGUUAAGUGGAUGUUUAGGACAGACAGAUACAUAGACACACACACACAGACACACACACACAAACACACACUCAACACACACCAGGCUGACAGGGAGGAAAUGAAAGAGGGGUGUCCACGCCGGGAUGCCUCUCACGGGAGGGCCACCCAUCACCUGUGUUUUGAAUGUGGCAGGUUUUGGCUUGUGGUCAACGAGAAGGGGCACAUGGUUACUGCUCGGCAGGAACCCCGUCUGGUCCUGAUCUCCCUGACCUGUGAGGGCGAGGCCCUGACCCUCAGCGCAGCCUACACCAAGGACCUGCUGCUGCCCAUCAAGGCACCCGCCACAAACGCCGUGUACAAGUGCAGAGUGCACGGCCUGGAGAUCGAGGGCCGGGACUGUGGGGAGGCUGCUGCCCAGUGGAUUACGAGCUUCCUGAAGACACAGCCCUACCUCCUGGUGCACUAUGAGCCUCACAUGCGACUGAGAAAUUCUCACCAAAUCAAGGACGUGUUCCAGCCCACAGACCAGAUUGUGUACUCAGAUGCCAGCCCAUUCUUGAUCCUCUCUGAGGCAUCUUUGGCAGAUCUCAACUCCAGGCUGGAAAAGAAAGUUAAAGUGGCUAACUUCAGGCCCAAUAUCGUCAUUUCAGGGUGUGGUGUCUAUGCAGAGGAUUCUUGGGAUGAGCUUCUUAUUGGUGACGUCAUACUGAAAAGAGUAAUGGCUUGUUCCAGGUGCGUUUUGACCACGGUGGACCCAGACACUGGCGUCAUGAGCAGGAAGGAGCCGCUGGAGACUCUGAAGAGCUAUCGCCUGUGUGACCCGUCCGAACAAAAGCUAUACGGAAAAUCACCUCUCUUUGGGCAGUAUUUUGUUCUGGAAAACCCAGGGACAAUCAACGUGGGAGAUCCUGUGUACUUGCUGGGCCAGGAAAGAGAAGAGAAAGAGGAAGAGUGGGCCAGUGUGAAGAAUGUUCUGGAAGAGUGCAAUGGAAAUGACACCGCUCUCCAGAUAAGGCUGGAAUGUCACAUCCCUUUUCGCCUCAAGUCCUGGACUACCUUUUCAGAAGACAUGGAGACCCUGAUCUUCAGGACACACUUAAGACAUGAAGUGAUGAUCCCAUGGAUCAUCUUGGAUCUGGCGCUGUUGCUUCUCAGACAGCAUCCACAGGAUUUGAUGGAUCCUUCAGGAGCACACAGUGCCUCUGGGCGACAGAACAGCAGACAUGUCGUGGUGGAAAGUCAACUCAUGAGAACAGCCAUUGCUGUCGGACUCUGACACGCAACACGUGGAAAGCAAGACAAACAAAAACUUCCUUGUCUUGAAACGAAUAUCAAAUAUAUCUCAUUAGUGAUCCAAACGUUUUCCCAGCAUAGAGGGUGGGCAGUAGCACUAGAGAGGGGAAGACCGCUAGUUUUAUGUCUGAGAUGCUGUUAUAAUGUUGCCCAGUGAAAUAGUGGCGCCCCUCUGCGCAGAAGAGCGAAAAGUGGAAAGGAGAGGACGCCACCUAGUGGUGGUGAAUGAGAGUUCAGCCCAUGCUGUCGAAAAGAUUGAAAAAAAAAAUACCAUGAAUGGGUUUUCAUUUUCUAUCCCUGAAUUUUUUUUUAAUAAAGGAAGCGGGAGCACCUUCAGGUACUCUCUACUUCUCAGCUGUAGGCAUUUGAUUUCCGAAGAGCUCUCAAGAGGGUGGCGCUGCUGCUCCAAAGUCCCCCGGGAUCCUUGCUGGUAUCAACUCAUGGCUGGGUGCUCCUUCUCAAAUCCAGGGAGAGAAAGUUCUGGAAUCCAUGGAUAAGAAGAAAUGUGAUUUUAUGAUUGGAAAUAGGCCGCUGAAAACCUUUAGAAGGAAAAGAAAUCAUGCCAGUUCAUUAAAAACCAAUACCUAAUAUUUCUACUUUCUAAUGAUUUAACUCUAACAUGUGAUGAACCAUAUCUUUCACUGCUAUUUUGUCCUUAGGAAGCUGACUAAAUCCUGAAAAAAAUGUUCCCAAACUGUAAAUAAAUGGAAGCUACUUUGACUCGUUUCA